CGGGCUGACAGGCAGACGGGCUUCACUUGCUGUGGCUGCACCCGACAAGUUCACCUCAUUGGCGGACAGAGAGUGGACCGAAUACGCGGAGCCUCAAUACGUUUUGACCCGGGCAUUGUUUUGAACUGGACGGCCGUGCUGUAAAGCAUUUCUGGAAAAUGUCUAUAUUACCUUUCACCCCUCCAAUCGUGAAGAAGCUUCUUGGCUGGAAAAAAGGGGAGCAGAACGGACAGGAGGAGAAAUGGUGCGAGAAGGCGGUGAAAAGUCUGGUGAAGAAGUUGAAGAAGAGUGGCCAGUUGGACGAGUUGGAGAAAGCCAUCACUACUCAGAACGGCAGCACGAAAUGCUUGACCAUACCCAGGUCACUAGAUGGCAGACUCCAGGUCUCACACAGAAAAGGUCUCCCUCACGUGAUCUACUGCCGCUUGUGGCGCUGGCCCGACCUGCAGUCACACCAUGAGCUGAGAGCUGUAGACCACUGUGAGUUUGCCUUCCACACAAAGAAGGAUGAAGUGUGCGUCAACCCCUAUCACUACCAGAGGGUGGAGACUCCAAUUUUGCCGCCUGUCUUAGUUCCUCGCCACGCAGAUAUUCCAGCUGAGUUUCCUCCAUUGGACGACUACAGUCCAUCCAUCCCAGAGAACACAAACUUCCCCUCUGGCAUUGAGCCACAGAGCAAUUAUAUACCUGAAACUCCGCCACCAGGUUAUUUAAGUGAAGAUGGUGAGGCCAAUGAUCACCAGCUCAACCACAGCAUGGACACAAGUUCGCCCAGCUUAUCGCCCAAUCCCGUUUCUUCAACAAACAAUAAUCUUGACUUGCAGCCUGUGACGUAUUGUGAAUCGGCCUUCUGGUGCUCCAUCUCUUACUACGAGUUGAACCAGCGAGUAGGGGAGACCUUCCACGCUUCACAGCCGUCCCUCACUGUAGACGGCUUCACAGAUCCCUCCAACUCUGAACGUUUCUGCCUUGGGUUGUUGUCCAACGUCAACCGCAACUCAACGGUGGAGAUCGCUCGCAGGCACAUAGGGCGGGGCGUGAGGUUGUACUACAUUGGUGGGGAGGUGUUCGCAGAGUGUCUCAGUGACAGCGCCAUCUUCGUCCAGAGCCCUAAUUGUAACCAGCGGUACGGCUGGCAUCCGGCCACCGUCUGCAAAAUUCCUCCAGGCUGCAACCUGAAGAUCUUCAACAACCAGGAGUUUGCUGCUCUCCUGGCCCAGUCCGUCAACCAGGGCUUCGAGGCCGUCUACCAACUCACCCGCAUGUGCACCAUCCGCAUGAGCUUUGUCAAAGGCUGGGGAGCUGAGUACAGGCGACAGACAGUGACCAGCACCCCCUGCUGGAUAGAGCUGCACCUGAACGGCCCUCUGCAGUGGCUCGACAAGGUCCUCACACAGAUGGGAUCUCCCAGCAUCCACUGCUCCAGCGUGUCCUAAACUUUGCUCCUUAGACGCAGCAAGACUCGUGCAGGGGGCGGAAAGCAAGUGGUCACGUCAGUUUUUAAGUCACAGAUCCUUUAUCCAUCAGAUGGAUAUUUAACUCAUCAACAUUGUGCUUUCGUGGACAUCUAGGUUUUUCUAUGUAUGAGACCAUGAGUCGCCAUUUUUCCAGUUGAUGACAUGAUCUACUCACAAGUUGUAGUGGAGUGAAAUAUGACUUUUCCUUAGUCAUUCUGAGAUUGUUUCAAUUUGAUGCCUCCAGAUGCUUACGAUUCUAUGAAUUAUUGAAAUCUGAGUUUCAGUGGCACAGUGUUGCACUUCAUCCUCACUGAAUCAGAAGCUUGAUCAGCUUAUCUUCGAAAUAUGAGAAUAUUUAAUAUUCAAGGACGUUGUAUGUCAUUUGUCUUGUUGGUAAUGUCAAGUAUUUGAUUAUUUAAUUGGUAUUUUAGCUAUUUUGACGAAGAAAAAUAGCAACAUGUCUUGAAAGGAACCCAAAUAUGAAACUAUUUUGCUCAGUGAUAGACAUUUUCUAAUUUAUUUUUGCAUACUGUCUUGCAUGGGGUUAUAUUUUUAUUAUUGCCUCGACAUGAUUGGAGAGAAAUAUUUAUAGCUUGUGAAUACUUGUGGUCAUGUGAUGCUUGAAUCGGCGGUCUUGAGCGACCUCUGGCAUGAUUAAUAACCGAACAGCAGUGUGCUCUGGCUGAGGUCAGCAGGUUUGAGUUGAGCACGGAGCGAUUCAACACGCUUGUUAGAGUUCACAGUAAAACUAAAAUCUAGAUAAACAUUGGGUAUCGUGCCUGCAGGUUAGUGUGAACACUAAGACAAUAGUUCUGUCUUCUGAUCCGUGGACUUUAUAGUAGCUGGAGAUGUCUGUCCUCUGUCUGUCCUCGUCUAUGCUAAUGACCUUGCACUUACAGAAGUCUGACUUGACGUCUAUUUUAAACAGUCGCUCAGUGCCAAACUGGAAUACUGUGUACAGCCAUGUGACAGGUAUUUGGUGAGGUGGUCCAUCAGCUGGUAGUAGUUUGCUCAACCAGGACUGGCGGACUAAUGUUGGUGUUCCACAAUAUAAUCCAAAGGUUUUGUUUCUGUAAAGAGAUAAUAAAAUCCAAAU